AUGGCUUUCAAACUCAUUUGCUUGUUUGUUUUUACAUUAGCAGGAUGUAAUUGCAAAUGCAAUUAAAAUGAAUAUGAUCCAGCUAUCUGUAUUUUAUAGAUAACUGAUUCAAAAUGCUUGUAUGAUGAAUUUCUGAAUCAGUGCAUAGAAACUAGUAAUUAAAAUUUAGGUUGUUCUUAUUAUUUGAAUCGUAAUGCUUGUAUAAAUUAAUUAACGAUUAGUGGAAAUGUUGAGAAGAGAUGCAUAUUUUAGAAUAGGUGUAUAGAUGUUAACAUAUACCAUCUGAAAAAUUUAGGUUGCAGCGAUUCAUUUUCAAAAUAUGCUUGCAUUAAUGUAGUUAAUAAAGAUUGUUUUUGGAAUGGUUCUUAAUGUGAAGAUUCUUAAAAGAUUAUAUUUUCAGAUAAUUCGAAAGAAGAAAUAUAUCCAUACUCUGUUACUCCAUAACUAUGUGCUAAAUAUCAUAAAUAUCCUUGUAUCAAUACAGGACCACAAGGAGAUUAUAAAUAAUUAAAAUGUUCGACCUUGGGUUUAAAUGAAAUAGGAUGUGUUUCAAUUUUGACGCAGAAUGAAAUGUGCCUCUUUGAAAAUAAUUAAUGUAAAACCAUAAACCCUUCAAAGAUGAUAGAAUGCUCUUAAAAAAUAAACAAAUUAGCUUGUUUAUCUAUUACAACACCUAAUUUAUUAUGUCAAUGGUAACAAAAUGAAUGCCGUGUUUAUAAAUUUGAUCAAUAAGUUACAUGUCUAGACAUUGUUGAUGUUAACAUAAAUGUAUGUGCUAAUUAAGAAGGUUUAUGUAUGUUUGAUUAAUUAAAUUACAAAUGUACAUAGUUAAAUUAAAAAUAAUUGGAAUAUUUAAAUUGCGAUACUCCUGGAAUAACAAAAUUUGCUUGUUUAUCCAUCUAAAAUUAAUAUUGUACUUUCAAUUAAGGGUUUUGUCAAACAUUAUCUGAAAAUGAUUUAAGUAAUUAUUAAUGUUAAAUGCAAUUAAAUUAAGCAGCUUGUAUUAAUAUUAAGACAAAAGGUUAAUUAUGUUUAUGGAAUGGAUAAGGUUGUUAAAAUGUAGAAAUUACUUAAGAUUAAGAUUGCAAUAAUUUCGAUCGAUUUUUAGUUAAUGGAAAUGUUUGUUAAGCAAUCAAAAAGCCAUAUGCAAUGUGUAAAUAUGAUGAAAUAACUAAAAUUUGUGUUAAAAGUUCAACAAAUGAUUAUUGUACUACUCCAUAUUUAAAUUUAUAUGGAUGUGUAAGUAUUUCAAGAGAGAAUUAGACUUGUAAAUGGAUAGAUUAAAGCUGUUAAGAUAUUGUAAUAAUACCAUUUGAAACACUUUGUAGUAGUUUGGAAUAUGCAAAUUAUUAAGCAUGUCAACAAGUAUUUGAAAAUAAUUCAAUGGGUUGUUAUCAUGAUUAGAAAAGAUCCUAAUGUGUAUCUUUAUUAAUAAGCACCGAUAACGAAACUAAUAUAAAUCUACAGGAGAUACAAAAGGCUAAUUAAUAUUUAUCAACUGUUUCAUGUUUUGAUAAAUCUUUAGGAUUGAAUAGAAUCAUAUGUGGAUCUAUCACUACAGAAAAUGUAUUUUGCAGAUGGCAAUAGAAUAGUUGUAAAUUUAUGAAAAAAGAAGCUAUUGCUAAUAUUCCUUGUACAGAUCUAAAAUAUGCUAAUCCAUCAACGUGUGCUUAAGUAAAAUACAACAAUGAAUUUUGCAGAUAUUUUAAAGAAGAAAAAGGAUGUACAAAUCAAUUAAAAGGUGAAAUGAAUUGUAAUGAUCUUGGGCUUAAUUCAAUUAGUUGUAAUAAAGCAAAAGAGAAUUGUUACUAUGACAAAGAUAGAUGUUAGAGUAUUGGAGAAAUUUCAACUUAAAUUACUCCAGAGGUUUAAAUCAUUUUAUAAAAACUAACGUGCUAAUCUAAUUUUCCAACAGAAAGAAUUUGCUUAGCAAUAUAAACACCAGGUUAAUUGUGCACAUGGUCCAAUAAAUAUUAAUAAUGUAGAGAAAUCUAAGUUCCUCAAAAUAAAAAAUGUUCAGAUUUUUCUUUGUUUCAAGUUAAUGCUGAUGUUUGUGCUUAAAUUAAUUUGGAAACGAAAAUAUCUUUUGAUCAGGAUCCUGGUUUUUGUGAAUAUGAUAGAUAAAAAAAGAAUUGUAGAGAAAAAAUCAAAAAGUGUACUUCCAAAUGUUGUUCAGAAAAUGAAGAAAUAGGAAUAAAUGCAUAUUCAUGCAGUAGAUUCUCUAGUCAAGAACCAGGAGUUUAUUGUAUUUUUUAAGAAUCCAGAUGUUUGCAACUUACAAACUAAAUUGUGGAUAUCUUAAAUCAUAAUGCUGUAAAGAGUUACUACAAUGAAAAAAAGUAUACUUGUGCUUAAAUGAAUAAGAAUUCUUGUCAUAUGAUUGAUUGGUCAACUUCUUAAGCUUGCUAUUAUAAUGGAUUUGCUUGUAUAAAUUUGAAUUUAUAAAGUCAUUUUGACUUUUAAGAGUUGACAAAAUCUUCUGCAAUUGUUAAUAUAUAUGUCUGCUUAGCAAUUGAAGUUGUGAAUAGUGUUAACUUAAGUCAGAAAUAUAUUGAGUAUAAUUAAGCAGGGAAAAAACUGUAAACUACUUCUACAACCAUAUCCAUAAUAUUAAACUUGUGA